CCCAGAUUACCAGUAGCGAGGCAUCCACCACCAUCAGCCAAAGUGCCAAACGAUCGAUCGAUCUCUGCAGUCUGCAGAUUAGCCCACCACCUCCAGCAUCGGGUCCACGAAUGCACACCCUGUCAACUCCACUCCACCCGCUUUUCUUUCCCUCUCCCCGCCACCUUCACAUCUCAACCUUUCCUCUCCCUCUCUCUCUCUCUCUCUGAUCUCGUCGUUCCCAUGGCCUCCAAACCCGCGGACGUUACGGCUACAGGUGGCGGCGGCGUCGCCGUCGUCCGUGACAACAACAACAACGCCGGCGGCGGCGAGGCGGAGGUGUACCGCUCCGAGCUGACGCCGCUGCAGAAGCACGUCGCCUUCUUCGACCGCAACAAGGACGGCAUCAUCUACCCCUCCGAGACCUACCAAGGGUUCCGCGCAAUCGGGGCAGGAGUCGUGCUGUCCGCCGUCGGCGCCGUGUUCAUCAAUGGCGGACUUGGGCCCAAGACGAUACCGGAGAACACCAAGACUGGUCUCAAGUUACCCAUAUACGUCAAGAACAUCCACAAAGGCAAGCAUGGAAGCGAUUCAGGCGUGUAUGAUGCGAAUGGAAGGUUUGUCCCAGAAAAGUUCGAGGAAAUAUUCAAGAAGCAUGCUCACACCAGGCCUGAUGCCCUAACAGACAAAGAGCUGAAGGAGUUGCUCCAAUCAAACAGGGAGCCUAAAGAUUUCAAAGGAUGGUUGGGUGGCUUCACAGAGUGGAAAGUAUUGUACUACCUCUGCAAAGACAAGGAUGGAUUUCUUCACAAGGAUACUGUCAGGGCAGUCUAUGAUGGAAGCCUAUUUGCAAAGAUGGAGCAAGAGAAGCAGUCUGCUAAGAAGAAAUGAUAAGACCAUACUGGGUGCUGUAAUUAUCUGUUAUUGUUGCAGGUGAUUGUAAAUUACGGUGUGGGUGUGAAUCCAAAAUUAUUGCUGUAGUUUGAUUGCGCGUGUUUGUUGACCCGUUCCUGUAACAAGAAGCUAUUUGUGAAGUUAUUGGAAGUGUUUGUAAACAUGGUGGUAUCCUCUGAUUUAUUCACUUCAUUUUUUUCUUUUACA